AUGCCAGAGGCAAAUGGUGCCAGCAUGGACCAUCCAGUCUUGAAGAUGGCGGUGGCCAUCUUUUCUUUCGUAUAUGGUAUAUUCACGGUGGUGCUAUACGGAGUCACUGCAAUCCUCAGUGGUGUGCCGUUUCGACAAACCACUGAAAAGGAACGGUUGGAGUUUCAACUCGCAUCAGAUAGAUUCUGGAAUCUCUCAAAGAAUUGGAAGAAUUUCUCACAUCGGUUUAUGACUUUGCGGAAUGGGUUCAAAGUCCACUAUCUUGCAAAUGUCUCGCCUGAUGAAACUGUCGCCUCAAACACUGGGAACCUGCCGUUGGUCAUAUUCCUGCAUGGAUUCCCGGAUAGCUGGGCCAUAUGGCGGCACAUCCUCUCGUCGAGCUCAAUUGGAGAGAAGAGCGUGAUGAUUGCACCGGACCUACCUGGAUACGGGGGCACGGAUUCGUUGGACGUAUAUGGCCCUACAGAAAUCCUGGAGACGUUGACAGAGUUCAUAGUCACCGUGAGAGACCAAUACAAAGUCUACGAUGGUGAUGGCCAAACGAAGAGGAGAGUUAUUAUAGUAGCUCAUGAUUGGGGAGCGAUACUCGCUUUUCGCCUAGCUGCAGAAGCCCCUCAGCUGGCAGAUAGGUUCAUUAUCUCCAAUGGAGUCCUGGUAUGCUCAAGUAUUUCCUUUUUCUGUUCUUUUCUUCUUCCUUCUUUUUUUUUUUUUUCUUUUCUGCCUGCUAAUAUGAGGUAUUGUCCCUGGCAAAAGCCCGGCUUGAUGCAAGACAAUAUCUACCUAUCGAUCGAGUCAGCGAACAAGAUGUUUAAGACUUUCCUCAGGGAACCAUGGCGCUCGCGGCAUGUGUUGUGCAAGUCUAUCAAGGCUCUAGCCCCAGUACUCCGCCAACUGAAGAAGUCCCAGUAUAUAUUCGUCUUCCACCUACCCGUACCGUUAGUUCGCUAUGUUGGUCACGGAGGCAACUAUUCGUUUUUAAGGGCGAUCCACGAGCUAGCUGCAGGGAAAACCGCCGAAUUUACAGUCCGAGAUGCACAAGAAGCCAUGGCCAGCACUCUUGGGCCUAGCAUUGAAGAGCUCAAGACCAAGACGGCGGAGGGAGAGGCAUACUCUGAAUCUGUCCGCAUUCGCGCUGAGCAAGGGAACUUCAAGGACACAACGUCAUACUACCGGCAUGGAGCAGUGUCAGGCCCUUGGCAUAAGUCUCUGGAAACCAUCUCUGCUUUACAUAGCAUCUGCCCUGACGAACGCCGGAGAACAAGCUGCGGAACAGGCGUGUUCGACCCUGCCCCUGGGGCUCUAAAAGCAAACGCCACAAUGCUAUGGGGCAUGAAAGACCCUGCAAUCGAUAAUCAUUUGGCCCUGGAUGGAAUAGCCGAUCGACUUAUCCAGGGAAGUCAGGUAAUCGUGCUGCCUCGAUCCGGCCAUUUCACGCCCAUGGAAGUGGAGGGCCGAGGAGCCCUUGAAGAAACAGUGCUAUGGGCCGUCAAGGGUGAGACAGGCGAUGUUGGCCAAGCUGUCUUGUCUGUGUACCCUGAAGCCAGAGUGGUCGCCCGCCAGUAA